CUACACACAAACGUAAUUGUCCAACUAAUUUUUUGAUUAAGUCACAUACCUAGCUCUAGCUGGGAUGGAACUCGUGAAAUUGUUUGUCCUCUACCCAUGCAGGUAGUUAUUGUUGCCAGCUUGACAAUGAAGGACUAGAUAACAAACGCCAGCCAAUCAUAAAUUAAGAUAUAAUUUCAAGUUUCACAGCUUUUACAAAGUUUGUUAGUUUCAUACAACCAUGUUCAGUGGUGUGCUGCAGAGUGAACUGCUUUCAAUUUUCUACAGUUGUGGAAGCAAGCCCCUGGCUAUAUGGGACUGCAAGGCAAAGAACGGGCACAUAAAACGUUUGACGGAUGGUGAUAUCGGCAACUCCUUGGUGCUGGAGCUGACGGGCACGAACGUCGCAACCACCUACAUCACGGCACCCGCCGAUCCUCACGCCUCGCUUGGUGUCAAACUGCCCUUCUUGUGCAUGCUCAUCAAGAACCUGAAGAAGUACUUCAGCUUUGAGAUAACGUUCCUCGACGAUAAGAAUAUGCGACGGAGACUUCGCGCAAGUAACUACCAAUCUGCGACCAGGGUUCGACCCUUCUGCUGCAACACGCCCUUGGCACUGAGCAACGGCUGGAAUCAGAUCCAGUUCAACCUAGCCGACUUCGCCCGUCGUGCGUACGGCACCACGUACGUCGAGUGCGUGCGCGUGCAGGUGCACGCCAACUGCCGCAUCCGCCGCAUCUACUUCUCAGACCACUUGUUCUCGGAGGGCGAGCUGCCCGCCUCGUACCGCCUGCUGCACGCCGACGACGCCGAGCUCGCCAAGCAGCGGCAGCAACAGCACGAACAGAUGGCUCAGCAGCAGCAGGCCAUGCUGCUGCAGGCGCAACAGGACAGCGCUGUGUCCCGAUCGGUAGCCUAGAGUAGUCGGGAAAUAACUUUGGCCAGUAAGUCGCACAAGACUACGCUUUAUUCACGAGAAAAAUUGUUCAGCGGAAGUUAUCAAAUAAAAGAAGAA